ACAUUGUACAAUAUUUCUACAUAAUGGAACACACAACAUGGGCCAUACUUAUUAUUACGGUAAUCGUUUCUUUAACCCACGGAUCUAUGAGGCAACGUAACCUGAAUACUAUGGAACAAUGUGCUCAACAAUUUGAUAUCUUACGAGAAAAUAACCGACGAAACUUCGCUUUCCAGCUGGAAGAUAUCUACAGCGCAUUGUCUAAUUUGGUAAACAAUGCCGACGAAGAGAUAGCUCUGUACAAUAUUGUGGAUGAACAAUUAACAUCAAUUGCGCCUUGGAAUAUAUUACACAUUACACCGGACGAUACUGAGGGAAUAGACAAUGUGACGUCACAACUGAAUGACGUAAACUCGGCCCUGACUCGUUCCCGAUCUCGAGAGGAAAGUAACACAUGUAUCAGUUUACCGCGGAUUAGUCGUCAAGAACGCCGCCAUUUAAGUAAGAGAUGGCGUUUGAGAUGGAAACCGAGAAGAUCCCCGCGUCGACUAGACGGAACGCAUGCACGUCAAGUAAAAUACAGGAAUCUGUGCGCGACUGAAAUAUGCCAUAUCAGUGGCUUUGCUGUUUUACCUAAUGGUGAGCUGGUGGCCGCCGAUAGCUAUAACUAUGAUAUAUACAUCUACACCCCGAACCAGGAUUAUCCAAAGAGAACCAUCAAGCUCGCCCCGCUUGCCCUCGGGGAUGUUGUUUACUUCAAUGAUUGGAUCGUUCACGUCCAUGUCAGACUUGUAAAUCAACAGAUGGCCUGGCUGGCCCUGAAUUUACUGGAUUAUACCAGUUAUUUGAUAGAAAGCGACGAUCAAAGUUCUCGGAGAUGGGAUGUUCACAGUAUGUGCGAGGCGACUGAUUCAGAAACGGAACCGGAAACUCGAAUUGACCCAUGUGCAGACCCGGGCCAUUUCCAACACAGGACAACGGAUCAGUUUGGGUUUACUUAUGGCGCGGCGUACAGUGAACAUAUAGACGCCGUUGCUCCGAACUGUACUCGAUAUCCGUCCAUUGCGAGCGGAAGGUACGAUUAUAUGGUCCGGGAUAUGGUGAGAUUUGACAGAAAUAUGCUAUAUGUACGAACGGAUUCUCGAGGUCAUCGGAAGUCAUCCUCGAAUAACUUGCACGUGUUUGAAUUAUUUAAUCUGAUUAACAAUGCCAAUUAGGCAGACAUUUAGUUAGACCAGAAGGGUGUUGGAAACAAAAAUAUUAAUUCACAUCAGUCAACGCUGUAAACUUUUUACAGAAUGAUUAUUAAAAAACAGAUACAAAUAUAUAGAUGUAUCUAACAAUUCUUUAAUUGGUUAUAUCUGGUGAUGUUGUACCAGGGACGUAUAUAUAUAUGGUGAUAUUGUACCGGGGACGUAUAUAUAUCUGGUGAUGUUGUACCAGGGACGUAUAUAUAUCUGGUGAUGUUGUACCAG